GUCAAUGUUUUGUGAAAAGUGGCAGACAGCAGUAUCCAAAUUUGUUUGGGUUUAUUGCAAAAUUUUCGUUUUGUGACGGUAAAAAAUGUCGAAAAAUAUUAAAAACAGCUUGAUAGGUGGAAAAAUGCAUUACAUUUGAACAUCCGUCGCGCGUGUUACGUCGAAAAUAUUACGUUUAUAAGCGUCGUAGGGUGCAUCGCGAUGUUCAAGCUGACGAGGUCAUUGGCUGAAGAUUAUCCAUCAUCAUUCGUACAAUUUGGAGUGAUCAGCUAUCCUCCAAUAUACUGAAAACAAAUGUCCACGUCGGAUCCCAGUCACAUAAAAAAUGUUUGGACCAUUUUUGCAACGGAAAGUGUGCUACGCUAACUUUCGCAUCACGCAUCUAGUAUUUGGAAUUAUUAUUUUAGCAACAAUUAUAUUUUAUUCGACUUUAAAUGGUCGUCAAUACGAUAUUGAAAUAAGACGGUAUCACGAGCUGCGGUUGAACCGCACAGAAAAGUAUGCAUCACUUUCAUCGCCAAAUAACUCUGUACAAGGAUUGAAACCGAGCAAACUGACGCCGAGGAAAAAUUGCGGAUUUUUUAACUUUUUAGCUAAUGGCUGUGGUUCAACUAGUAAUAUCACUAAAGUACUCCUAAAACUAGGUGAAGAAAAUAUAAUCACAAACGAAUCAUCAAUUAAGAUUGAAUCCGAUAUUGAAAAUAUACAAAAGAUAGUAAACGUAGCUGAAUCUCAGCCAGAUGCUGUGACGAACAAGCAAGUCCCUCCAGAGAACCAUUCCAAUAAGACAGUGACACCGAGCGUUCAGGAGAUCCCCGUUGAAAAAGUUAUCAAAACAAAGGACAUCUAUGAGCGGGGACACAUCAACGAUUUAGGAAGCAGCGAAAUAAUUUGUCCCAACAAAGGGACGGAUGUUAACUUGCUUAUACUGAUUACUUCUGCGCCAACUCACCGGGAACAGCGAUUGUCUAUUCGACAAUCCUGGGGACACUAUGGCAUUCGCCGUGAUAUAUCCAUAGGAUUCGUACUCGGUCGCACUCUGGAUCAAAGAAUUGAGGAUCAACUAUCAGCUGAGAAUUAUAUGUACAGUGAUCUGAUACGUGGCAGUUUCAUAGACAGCUACAGGAAUCUCACUUUGAAAACAAUUUCUCUACUCGAAUGGACAAGCGUACAUUGUCCGGAGGCAACGUAUCUGCUGAAAACCGACGACGACAUGUUUAUAAACGUUCCCAAGUUACUCCAGUUCAUAGAAUCUCAUUUGAGUUACAAACGCACGAUAUUCGGCCGCCUGGCCAAAAAAUGGAAGCCAAUUAGGAAUAAAAAGUCUAAGUACUAUGUGAGCCCGGAACAAUAUUUCCCACCAGUAUUUCCUCCAUUUACCACUGGUCCUGCGUAUCUGAUGACAUCUGAUAUUGUUGUGGAUUUAUACAACAAAUCGUUAUCUCAAACUUACCUCAAACUGGAAGAUGUCUACACUACUGGCAUAGUGGCACAGCUGCUGAACAUUCAUAGGAUAAACAUUAAAGAAUUUCUGAAUAGAAGAAUAGCAUUCAACCAAUGUAAUAUUAAAAAGUCUAUCAGUAUACAUAUGGUGAAAACAAACGAACAAUAUGAUUUAUGGAAGAAACUAGCGGAUACCAGUGUGCAAUGUAAAUAAAUGUAGAUUUGUUUACAUAAAACCAUAUUUUUAUACAAACUA